GGGUGAAUUCUCCUCCCCCUCUCCCUGCGCAGCCGGUGGGCUCUCCCGGCCUGCUCGCGCCGCCUGUUGCCCGUUGCCCUUGGUGCGGCCGUUGCGCGGUGCCUGGCGGCAGUGGCGAACGCAACCAUGGUGAAUUUUGCCCAAGCUCUGCGUGAUCACUGGGUGCAUAUCCUUGUUCCCUUAGGAUUUGUGGUUGGAUGCUAUUUGGACAGACUGAAUGACGAAAAACUGUCUACCUUCAGAAACAAGAGCUUACUAUAUAGAAGAGAGUUGAAGCCUGGUGAAAAAACUACAUGGAAAUAAAGGCUGCAGAUGAAAUGGAAAACAUUUUUUUUUCGAUUCAUCAUCUUACCUUACUCGUUGAAAGCAUAGGGUUAUGGUUUUUACCUUCGGAGAAUAUGUAAAGCUGCGAAAGACAACUACAGUUCAUCUGUGCUAGCUUAAUUUUAAAUCUGACCUUUUGGAAGAUGAUUUAAUUGCAUGACUAGUAUGUGUCCAGGGGUUCUCUUAGUCCAUAAGUGUUGAGAAACAUUUAUCCUCAGAAGUCAUGUUCUGGAGGGGAAAGGAAGAAUUACAUAAUAAACUAUGCAAAAAUCA